AUGUUCUCGGAAUAUGCCUCACGCUUCCUCGCUCAGUCACAGUCACGAGUAGCAUCUCGUCCAGAUGAACUUCAGAGAACCGGUCGUGCCCACCCCAUCCAGCGGCAGGGUAGUUCACGGAAUCCACCCUCACGCUCUUUUUUGAGGACUGGGGACCCUUAUCGACCGGGUGCCUCACAAGUAUCCAACUUCCCAUUUGCCUCUCGGGCGUCAGCUCAGCCAGCUCCUCUGUUCUACAGUGCCACUGAUGAAUUCCGGGAAGAAGACGAUGAAACGGAGCGGGAACGUGAAAUUGCAGAUUUCUAUGCGCUGCAACGGUCACGGCGACAUUUUGGAGACAGUCACCUGAAAGAGUCUUCUGAACUUGAUGAUGAUUCAGAACGGUCCAUAGGGUUUGACGAGGGUCACUCGCCAUACGGCGAUGAUCGGCCCGGCAAUGGGAAAGGGAUUAAAAGUUCAUGGCGAGGGGAGAAAGGGGUCAACGCUCCUCAUCAAUCUCGGAUCGAAGCUGUGGCGGAAGCGACAGAGCCAGAGCCCGGGCCUAGCUUCAGCCCAGGAAAUGGUAAAGCUCGAGAGAAUCUGGUUGACAUUGGGUUGGAGGACUCUAUUCGAGACAAGUUGGAUGAGGACGAUCGUGGCCCCUCCGAGAUGCUGGGCGACGAACCACCCAUUCAGCGCUUCCGAGAGAGACCAACAACCAAGCACAACCGCUUUGGGCUGAACCAAUUUGAAGCUUCCGCGGAACAUACUAAACCGUUCUCUCCAGAUGGCCCACGACCGCCAAGCUCCGCGGGCUCAUUCCCCACGUCUAUCUCCCCGCUCGCAUCCGAAACGUCAGUACAUGAUGUUUUUUGGGGCCAGUUGUUUUUGAUCUCUCUGGCCGGUCUAUUUGCCACGGCGUUUCUUGUCUAUCUUCAUACAUCAAAACCAUCCGGGGACCAACGGAAGUGGGGUGACACGAUCUACUUCACCGUCCACCGGUCUUUCUUUCUUCUUGGAAUUUAUACUCUGAUCUCGAUCUUCGUGUCACUUGUUUGGCUUGCUUUGCUGCGAUCAUACGUUCGACUUCUAGUCUACGUAAUAAUCGUCGCGGUUCCCGUCAUUUUAUACUCUUUUUCCUUAUACCCAUUUAUCUCGAGCUUCAAGGGCGAAUGGCAUGGAUCUAGCUUCCAGGAUAAGGCCAUGCGCUGGGCUUCGCUCGUCCCAUUCCUGAUGGCGAGCCUCUGGAUUUACAAUGUUGCGCGAGGCCGUCAGUCCAUUGGCAAAGCGAUCGGCGUGCUAGAAUUCUCCUGUCGAAUCCUGGCAGCGAACCCGGAGCUUCUUGUCCUGGGGUUGUGUGUACUUGCUUGCGUUGUCUCCUGGACCUGGAUAUGGAUGCUCAUGUUCACACGUGUGUUCUUGGGCGGCCACCUGGCUGAACCGAGAUCCUUCAUCAUUGACCUGAGCAGCUGGUGGCUGGGGGUCUAUUUUGUGAUAAUCUACCUGUGGUCGAUCGGAGUGAUAGCUGGUAUUCAGCGUGCUGUCACGGCUGCCACAGUCAGCCAAUGGUAUUUUCACAGACUAGCAAGUCCAGCGCCCACCUCCAGGCAAAUUGUUCAGGCUGCCAUCGUCCAUGCUACUACAACCCUGUUUGGUACGAUCUGUCUGUCUCGCCUUCUCAGUCUACUGAUUCGGCUUCCACUGCUCUUGCUCCCUAGUCGUGUAUCAUCAUUACUAGCUCUCUUUGCCUAUUCCCUUAUCCCAAGCCCCAUUACCUACCUCACAAACCCUCUCUCCCUCACCUAUGGAGCUAUUCAUUCACAGCCACUGGCUGCAUCUGCUCGCGGACUGAGCCAGAUGGCUAUUCUUGCUCCGUCGGCCGCUUCAUCGUCACUUCACCCCCGCGCUUAUUCUCGCUCACCGGGGACUUCGGCGUCACUGCUCUCAUACCGGCUCUCUAAACUGAUCCUCCACGCUGCCCGCUUCAUGAUGUCAUUGGCGCUGGGAUUCGGUGGCUGGGUGACCACGGCGCGUAGCCUGACCACAGUCGCCACUGGGAAUACGAUUCGGGGUAGUCUAUACGCCUAUAUCGUGGGCCUUAUUGCGGGUAUGAUUGGCUGGAGUAUUCUUGGUGCCAUGGAAAGCGUCAUUGCGGAUAUUGUAGAUGCUUCAGUGAUAUGCUGGGCAAGCGAGGUUGGCAUUUAUGGUCGCGAGGCCCGGUACUGCCGUGAAGCUGGAUGGCUAUUUGGUGAUUCGAAUUCCGAUUUCCAUCCGGAGUACCGGGAAGUUUGA